AGAUAAGGAAAAGACAGCCGUUAUCGGCGGGAAGGGGGGGAAGUUUAUCGUCGAGUCCGAUCUGCUGGAUGCCACUAUACGGAACAAGUAUGUUGAUGGGAUGAAUGUCCAGUAUUACGUCUCUCGGCAAACGAGCGCCUUUUGCAUCGCUUAUCCUCGCGUUCCUCGGACCCCGAAACGGAGGAGGGAGACCGCAAGGGGAAUUCUAUGACCAAUGCACGGCGGCUAUCAGGCUGUCAAUCCAUGGCAGAUUAACAAAUCGUCGAGAUCUUGAAGCCGCAGUCCCAGACUUACCGCCGCCCCACUUGUCCCAAUUAGGCAUGUCCAUCCAGACCGUGGAGAUCCUUGGGUCUCUUGCGGCUUCACCUUCUCCAUGAGCUUCCCUUUUUUGCCUUUGUGCUGGGUCCCUCGCCGAAAGGGUGAAGUGCUCAAUGGACUACAUAUAUCUCGGUUUGCCCCCCCCGGGCAAUGGACACUUGCUGUUCAAUCUC